ACGCCACAGAGCGGCUUCCUCCCAUCCAUUACCUGCCACAGUCUUCUCCUUGACCUCACUUUUCUAGGUCUGCAUGACCCAAGUGCUUUUGCAUAGGAGAGAUUCUGCUAGCAUCUCAUCUGCCUAUCACUACAGUGACUUCAGAGCUUUAAAACAGUAAUAAACAGGAGAGCUAGGAAGUAGAUUGCUUGCUAGGAAGGGAGAGAGGAUUUCCAAGGCAGGACUCCUCCAGUGGGAGAGGGGAGCUCCCUCCUCCCCCUGCUUCCAGGGGGCAGCAAGGCGCAGAUUCCAAGCGAGCCAACCAGCACCCCUUGCCACAGAACCAGCCACUACUCCUACUCAAAGCCUUUGGCCCUUAUCCCCAUCAUGCCUGCCUGGGCCUUCUCCCCCCACUUCUGCAGCACUGACCCUGCCAACUGUGACAUCACACGUGAUGCAAGAGGUUGGCUGCUGGGAGGGGCUAUGACCCUCAAGAAAAGCCACUCACCAAUUUUGCCCCACCGGCAUGAAGAGCCCCUCUCCCCUUCUGACCACUCACGGCAGCAACAGCGGGGGGGAGAUCCGUGAACUUGAUGAAGUUGAGGCUCAAGACGUCCCUUCUGAUGAAGUGUACCCCACCAGUUGUCCCAGUGACCGUUGUGGUGACUCCCAAGUUCUCCAAGAUCUGCCAGUCCCUGAGUCAAGAUGUUCCUCUUCGCCAACAAAACCAAGACCCCCAUCAGCACCUACACGGACUCCUACAGGGCUCCGAAUACCAUGAAGAAGGCCUACGAUGAGGCUCCGUUGGCCCUGUGGAGUGAAAACAAGUUCCUGACGCAGGGCUUGAGCGUGCCCAGAAUCGACCACCCGAUAGACCAAAACCGCCUGGAGAAUAUGGUGAAGAAGGCAGUGCAGGAAUACACCUAUAAGAACUGCAUAGACCCAACAGCUUACCGGCCAUACAAAUAUUGGGUGACCAGGGAGGAAGAGAGGUUCAACCCGGUCUUCAUCGGUGACAACAGGUACGCAACGUGGAGAACAGGGCCCUACAACAGCGCGGCAUGGAAUCGAUACACCACGUACCUUCCACGGAUCCCUCGGGAGGCUGGGUUAGAGUCGAUCCUUCGCGGGAUGCCCAUGCAGUACCCUCCGAAACCAGAGCGUCUCAACAAUUACGAACGGGAAGUGGUGGUGAACAUGUUGAACAGCUUGUCUCGGAAGCAGCUUCCAUCCAUACAGCACCGUUACACCAUCCCGGGAAGGAUGCCUUAUCAAGGCUACUACAGCCCCUGCACGGGACGCCAUUACUGCUUGCGAGGGAUGGACUACUACGUCGACGGGGCGCCCACCAACGAGCGACAGAUCAGCCAGCUAGUUGAGAAGAUUGUAAGGAAUUUCCCGUACUACGACCACCACCACGAGAUGACUCUUUGUGCACGAAUGCCCGACCUGCCGCCUGGUUUCCCGUAUAUGAACCUUAGGUGGGAUACAAGCCAUUUUAAGAAGGCUGGAGGGGCACAGAGGGACAGCUUUAUCAUUCAUCCUGAAUUUGUUUCGGAAUCAUUCCCCCAUCCACCGUGUUGGUAGUAGAGAGUUGAGACAGGCUGCCAUUAAAAUUGCCGCUGGUGACUAA